AUGGCGCUCCUGAAGCGCAGCUUCACCGCAGCGCUGCUCGACGAGGAGGACGAGUCGUCGUACCCGUUGAAGAUGCCGGGCAGCCUCGCGCGCACCACCGCGCCGGUGGCCAAGAUGAUGCGGCUGUGGAACUACAAGCAAGGCUCGGGCCUCGGCGCGCGCGGCCAGGGCAUCAUCGCCCCUAUAAAGCCCAUCCGGCAUUGCUCAACCGCCGGCAUCGGCCACUCCGAGACGACGUGCAAGAACGGCCUGCAUGGCGCGCCGGCGCCGUCGCCGCCGCCCCAAGACGAGUGGCACGAGUCGGCGGCCGUCUCACGAGCCCUGCGCCUCGAACGGGAGUGCUACGAGAAGACCCUCGCGCUGCUGCGCGACGUGAAGCUUCAAGGCGACGACAGCGUGGAGACGGCGGAGGCGCUGGCGGCGAUCGUCGAGUCCGAGGAGGUGCUGCUCCGGGGGAAGAAGCGCGCGCCAGGGGCGUGGAGGGCCGCGCUGCCUACUCCGGCCGUGCAGCACAUCGUCGAGCGGUUCCUCACGCCGAGGAUCGCCGUGAAAGCGCGAGAGUGGGAGCCGUUGUGGAGCCCGGGCUGCGACCAUUGGCUACUCCCGUGGAUCCCCUUGAUCGGACACUUGCCGGAGAGCCUCUACGGCACCGUGGAGAGCAAGAUCAGCGGCGGCUGCUACGACGUCAUCUCCCCAUGGAAAGACUACUUGGGCCCGACGCAUUGGGAGAUCUUCUCCCGGCGUCACAUCCUGCCCAGGCUCACACGAUGGCUGCAACAGCUGAAGAUCACACCACCAAAGCAGCGCGACACUAAGUUCCGCGAGGUGAUGUCGUGGACGCCUCUCGUGCGGACCGAAGACGUGGUGUCGAUCCUAGAGCAGGAGUUUUUCGGCAAAUGGGAGGGCGCGCUGCGCCACUGGCUGCAGUCCGCGAGGCCGUCGUCGGGGGAGGCCACGGCGUGGUGCGCCGGCUGGAAGAACCUCUUCACCCCGGAGCUGCUUGACGACGAACGCGUGCUGGCAUGGCUGGAGUCUGGCGUUGCCAUGGUGGAUCGAGAAACGGAAGACCUCAACCGCCUUGUUUGUCAUAGUUGA